AUGGUACGAAGCAACUCCAGCUCUAAGUUUCUAGAAGUACGAGAAGAAACUCUACACUGGGCGGAGGAGGAUGAAAAGAUGCGUCCUACAAAAAGAAAUGUAUCAAGUGAAGCAGUUUCAACCACACAGUCAAACAAAGAGAUGGAUAAAGUAUUGCAAGCCCUCGAAGAGCAGCGUAAGUCGAUUGAUAAUUUGUCCCAAACCCUUAUCUCCCUUUCCAGAUCCAACAAUAAUAUUCAGCGGCAUCAGGGAGGAAGAGGCGGCCGAAACCCCUCCCUCCGCGGUUUUGACGAAAGAGGGAACAGAAUUUGUUUUAAAUGCCAAGGAGUCGGACACAUUGCAAGAGAUUGUGUGAAUAAUACAAGUCAACGCCAGAAUGACGCCCUUCCCCCAUCCAAUGGCCCACCACGCAAUACUGCCCCACCCUCAUCGUAUGUCCAUAGCCAAGAUACGUCAGCGCCAAACGGUCUCCCUCCACAGUCGCGAGUCGGACAGUAGGAGGGGAAGGCGCAGACUCUCAUAGCAUACCAGAAAGAAUAAUUGGCAAGUGUCCUGUUGCUGUUGUGAACAUUGGAGGCGUGUCUGUAUCAUGUUUACUUGAUUCAGGCUCUGAGGUCUCUACUAUUACAGAAGAAUUCUUUAAUACUCAUUUUAAACCAAAGGGACAGGAACUACUUUCAACCAGUGGGUGGUUAAAACUGACAGCAGCAAAUGGGUUAGAAAUACCCUACCUUGGGUAUUUCGAACUUGACAUUGAAGCUUUCGGCUUAAACGUGCCCAGACGAGGAAUACUGGUCGUAAAGGAUUCUGCCAAUGAUGCUAUGAGAGCACGGAAGAGAGACGUACCAGGUCUCCUUGGAAUGAAUGUACUAUGUGAAAUGGGACAAGUGUUAGCUAAGUUCGAGGGAACGGAAUUUUUAAGUAAAGUUGAUCCUGUAUGGUCACAGCCAAUCCAGGCUGCUAAACGUCGUGCGAAUACAUCAGUACGAGGUAUCGUUCGAGUUGCAGGAAAGCGUGCAGUACGGAUCCCAGCUAGUUCGGUAACAACAAUACCUGCCACUGGUUGGGGUGGUCAAGUGAAGUGCGAGAUGGCAAUGGUGGAACCAGUUGUUGGACAACAUUUGUCGCACCUGAUGGUACUUAACACCCUCGUGAGACCGUCAUCCCCCUUCUGUGUGAGAGUUGCAAAUCUAACCAAUGACGAUUUGUGGAUCCAGCCAAGGACAAGGAUAGGUGUUCUUCACGCAGUCAGCAACACCGAAAGUGGUGUGGAAUUCAAGAGAGUGUCAGUCAACGAAGAAAUGGUUACGGUGCAAGAUAGCGAGAACACAUCAAUUCCAGACGUCGUGGACAAUAUUGAAUGUCCUUGCAACGGACUUUCCCCAGAGCAGCAAGAAAAACUGGACGCACUGUUGAACAAGCAUGCUUCCGUAUUUUCAAAGUCAGACGAUGACAUUGGCUACACGGAGACGGUUAAACACAAAAUUAGGACGGAGGAUGACAUCCCGGUUACGCAACCCUACAGACGAAUUCCUCCAAAUCAAUACCAAGAGGUGAAGGAACACAUUCAGAAAUUACUUGAUAGCUCAGUCAUUCGCGAAAGUCACAGCCCUUAUGCAUCUCCUAUUGUGUUAGUGAGAAAGAAGAACGGCUCCCUUCGCCUGUGCGUUGAUUAUCGAAAGCUCAACUUAAGAACGCAAAAGGACUCAUUCCCUUUACCCCGGAUAGACGAGUCACUUGAUGCUCUCAAUGGUGCACAGUGGUUUACAACAUUGGAUCUUGCAAGCGGUUUUAAUCAGGUCGCAGUCGAAGAGGAAGACAAACCGAAGACCGCAUUCACUACCCCGUUUGGACUGUUUGAAUAUAAUCGAAUGCCGUUUGGCCUCUGUGGUGCCCCUGCAACGUUUCAGCGACUGAUGCAAAGCUGCCUUCACGACCAGAUCUAUCAACUGUUGUUGGUUUACCUCGAUGACGUUAUUGUUUUCUCAAAAACAUUUGACGAACACUUGGGAAGACUGGAAAAAGUUUUAACGAGGCUAGCGCAACAUGGGUUAAAGAUAAAGCGAGAGAAAUGCAGUUUUCUUAGAAAAGAAGUUUCGUAUCUGGGAUAUGUGGUUUCAUCUGACGGUGUCUCGACUGACCCUGACAAAAUAUCCGUGGUGAAAAAUUGGCCGGUACCCAAGACCGUGAAAGAACUUCGUUCGUUUCUUGGAUUCGCUAGCUACUAUCGUCGCUUCGUAAAAGAUUUCUCCAAGGUCGCUGACCCACUGCACGAAUUACAGAACCGGUGUUUACACGAACUGAAACUAAAGAAACAUCUGUUAGUACCCUUCCCAAAGCGUUGGAAAAUUGUUCAUCAACAAGCCUUCGAUAGGCUUAAGCAUUUGUUGACAACUGCGCCAGUAUUGGGAUAUGCAGACUUCUCGCAACCAUUCAUACUCGAGACUGAUGCUAGCCACCAAGGACUUGGUGCGGUUCUUUCCCAAGAACUUCAAGGAAAGAGACGUGUUAUUGCGUACGCAAGUAGACGACUAAGACCAACUGAACGCAAUAUGGACAAUUAUAGCUCCAUGAAGUUAGAAAUGUUGGCUUUGAAAUGGGCCGUAACCGACAAGUUCCGCAGUUAUCUGUUAGGAAGCAACUUCACCGUUUAUACUGACAAUAAUCCCCUGAAAUAUCUUCAAACGGCAAAACUUGGAGCAGUAGAACAACGAUGGGCUUCGCAGUUGGCAUCUUUCAAAUUUGACAUUGUUUAUCGCUCGGGAAAAUCGAAUGCUAAUGCCGACGCAUUGUCGCGCCUCCCUCACCAUGAUUGCCCAGACAAACUUUCGUCGGUGGUGGAAGUAACGAAUACCUUGGCUCAUUCCUCCAAUACAACAGCCUUUCCACCCCACCUAGCUACUGCCACUUUGGAAAAAAGUGCAAACAUAACCCUUGAAGGUCCUCAGCAAACGUAUGUGGCAAACAACGCUAUCAACACAGAACAUAACGUACCUAAGUCAGGAACGAAGUCAUUUCCAAGUUACUCCAAGUCCGAGUUAAUGCAGAUGCAACAAAGUGAUCCAACGAUAAGCGCAUUCCUGAAAUUUUGGACAGUUGGUAGGAAACCCGAUGCAAAGGAGAAGAAAGAUCUCACUAUUGGUACCCGUGUCUUGUUACAGCAAUGGAAACGGUUAGAACUGAAGGACGGAGUAUUGUACCGAACGAUUAUUGAUCCACAACAGCAGGAGGUACAACAGUUGGUGCUACCUGAGAUUCUAAAGGAGAGAGUAAUUCGCAGUCUUCACAACGACAUGGGACAUCAGGGCUUAGAGAGAACUAUUCUUCUAGCUAGAUCUCGAUGCUACUGGCCAGGUAUGUACACAGAUGUCGAGAAAUGGAUCAAGUCUUGUGAACGAUGUGUUUUGUCCAAGAUGCCACAACCGCGUAUUCGAACACCAAUGGGGCACCUUAUUACCGAACAACCCCUGUCAGUUCUUGCCAUUGACUUUACGUUGUUGGAACGUUCGAGUGAUGGAAAAGAAAAUGUACUGGUAAUGACUGACGUUUUCACUAAGUUUUCGUUAGCAGUACCCACGAAAGAUCAAAAAGCAUCCACAGUUGCCAAAGUGCUUGUCAAGGAGUGGUUUCAAAAGUACGGCACACCGGAACGGAUCCAUUCGGACCAAGGCAGGAAUUUCGAGAGUGCAAUCAUUCAGGAACUGUGUCGAAUUUAUGGUAUAAAGAAGAGCCGCACAACACCUUACCACCCACAAGGCAACGCACAAUGUGAAAGGUUUAACCGCACACUUCAUGAUUUGCUUAAGAGCUUGCCUCCUCAAAAGAAACGUCGAUGGACCGAGUACCUUCCUGAGUUACUGUAUGCCUACAACUGUACCCCGCAUGGUACAACCGGUUACAGCCCAUAUCAUCUUCUUUUCGGGAGAUCACCAAGGUUACCAGUUGACUUACUCCUCGGAGAAGAAGAGGAUGAACCUCAGAAACAGUCUGCGAAUGAGUGGCUUACUAAACAUCAAACCCGCCUACGGUACGCUUGGGAAAAAGCAGGGGAGCAUAUACGCGAGUCAGCAGAGAAGAGAAAGCAAAGAAACGAUUCAAAGGUGUAUGCGCCAGAUAUCAAAGUUGGGGAGUUAGUGUACCUACGAAAAAGAGUUUUGGGGCGAAACAAGAUCCAAGAUGCAUGGGAACCUACCAUGUUUACCGUGACUGAAGUACCGACCAAAGAUGGUGGACCAUAUACUGUCGUACCCUAUAGUGGUCGAGGUGCCCCAAAGAAGGUCAGUCGUGUUGAACUACAACCAUGCCCCAUGAAGAGUGACCCUCCUCAACCGAUACAACCAACGACGAUUAAAUGCGUUCCCAACCGAGCCAUUCAUGAAGAUACGUCCUCAACUGACACCGAAUCGGAGUUUAUGUUGCUCGUUAAUACCCCUUCGUCACCCAGAAAGCAUCACAUAUCCACUUCCAAAGGCGAACAAAUUCAAGCAACUCCAGACAAUGAUCCAGCAACAACUCUCCGAAGAUCGAAACGGAUAGCGGCGAAAAGACAGAACACUCAUCAAAGCAAAUCAAAUCCAACAUGCAAUCAACUGAUGGUAUCGUAUCGAGACUUUAAUGUUUAUGUCCUAGUUAUAU